AUGAUAAGAAGGGAUUCUGCUUAUGAUGAAGCUGAAGGAAAGGAAUUAUUCGAAGACGCCGUUGAUGAUCAAGGGUACAAUACUACGGCCGCAGAGGUCUGCUACUCGGUAGCGACCAUCUCGAACUCUGACGAACCUUUACCUCUAUGGAGAAAAUUGGCGUACGCUGCUGGCGGGUUACCGAUGCAGUUAACACAGAACAUCAUAUCAUUUUUUCUCCCACUCUUUCUUCUGGAAACGGCGAAGAUAACUCCAUAUUAUCUUUCUGCUAUCCAGUUCGCGGCUCGUAUAUCGGAUGCCGUGACGGACCCAUUUGUAGGAUACCUUGUUCUUCGAACAAAAACUCGGAUGGGAAGUAAACGCCCAUGGAUCAUAUUCUCGACGCCAAUCAGCGUGAUUUGCUUCUUCUUACUCUUUUACACGGUACCCUGGCAUUCGGAAUUUGCAAAAUUCAUGUUUUAUAUGACUUGCGUUGUUGUCCUACAAGUUGGAUUGACGAGCUUCCACGUCCCCUACAGUUCAAUGGUUAUCGUUCUCUCUGACAUACCCCAGGAGCGUGAUACCCUUACGGCCUAUCGUAAGCCUUCUUUCUUGACCUUGGGGAAACUGUUUUUUUUACGGCCAAAGGAUCGCUUUCAUUUUUACUUGUGUGAUGUUAUUUCCUUUAUCUUUUUAAUGCACACUUUCGAGAAACCGAUUUUAUUACCCGGUAGAAAUAUCCCCCUUUGGUUUUGUCAGCUGUGUCGGUUAACCAGUUUUUAG